UCAGUUGCGGGAGCUGAGAGCAGAGCGCGGGCAGUGCUGGGCUCGAGGUAGUGCUCGCGGGCGGGCGGCGUUGCCGCCGCGCUCGGUUUGUCUCGCCUCGCCUCGCCUCGCCGUGUGCCGGUCCCCAGAGAGGGGCGCUCGCAAGUUGCCCGCGGAGGAUGCUGCGGAGUGGAGCGCGGGGGCUGCGGGGUGCAACGCAGCCCUGAGCGGACGGAGCGCGGCGCGGGCUGGGACGCGGCCAGGAGGAUGCCCGGCGCCCGGCGCUGACGGGCGGGACUCACUGCUCGACCGCCGCGGGGCAGCGCCGGAGCCCGCGCCUGCUGCUCCCGGGCGGGGGGUGGCGGGUCCCGAUGCACCGCGCUGGCGGCGGGGGGACACCGCGGCGGCCCGGGAGGACACACACUUGCUGUCUCCAAAUAAGAAAUGAGAUGUAAUGCAUCCUGCAGUCCAUGCACGCCGCCUCUUGCAAAUCGUGCACCAUUCCUCUGUGGAAACCUUUAAAUCCUAAAAUCCAGAAAAAGAGAAUAAACACAUUAUCAUGGACCUGAGGGAUUUUUACCUGUUGGCUGCUCUGAUUGCCUGUUUGAGGCUGGAUUCUGCUAUAGCUCAAGAACUUAUUUACACUAUUAGAGAGGAGCUGCCUGAAAAUGUGCCCAUAGGGAACAUACCAAAGGAUCUGAACAUUUCUCAUAUCAAUGCUGCCACAGGGACCAGCGCCAGCCUUGUCUACAGACUGGUGUCUAAAGCCGGGGAUGCCCCUUUGGUUAGAGUGUCCAGCACCACCGGAGAAAUCUUCACCACCUCGAAUCGAAUAGACAGAGAAAAACUCUGUGCUGGAGCCUCCUAUGCUGAGGAGAAUGAGUGUUUCUUUGAACUUGAAGUGGUGAUUCUCCCCAAUGACUUCUUUAGGCUGAUCAAAAUAAAAAUCAUCGUAAAGGAUACCAAUGACAAUGCACCCAUGUUUCCAUCUCCUGUCAUCAAUAUCUCCAUACCAGAAAACACUUUGAUCAACAGCCGCUUUCCAAUUCCAUCAGCCACAGAUCCUGAUACUGGGUUCAACGGGGUGCAGCACUAUGAGUUGUUAAAUGGGCAGAGCGUCUUUGGACUGGAUAUCGUGGAAACUCCUGAAGGAGAGAAAUGGCCUCAACUCAUUGUGCAGCAGAACUUGGAUAGAGAGCAGAAAGACACCUAUGUGAUGAAAAUUAAAGUAGAAGAUGGAGGGAGCCCUCAGAAAUCCAGCACAGCCAUACUGCAAGUCACAGUAAGUGAUGUCAAUGAUAACAGGCCUGUUUUUAAAGAGAGUCAGGUGGAGGUUCAUAUCCCUGAGAAUGCCCCUGUGGGUACCUCUGUAAUUCAGCUUCAUGCUACAGAUGCAGAUAUAGGAAGCAAUGCAGAAAUCAGAUAUAUUUUUGGUGCCCAAGUUGCCCCUGCAACCAAAAGACUUUUUGCUCUAAACAACACUACAGGGCUAAUAACAGUUCAGCGGUCCUUAGAUCGAGAAGAGACUGCUAUCCACAAGGUGACAGUGCUGGCCAGUGAUGGCAGCUCUACUCCAGCUCGGGCAACUGUUACCAUCAAUGUCACUGAUGUAAACGAUAACCCUCCUAACAUAGACCUCAGGUACAUUAUAAGUCCUAUCAAUGGCACAGUGUACUUAUCUGAGAAAGAUCCUGUCAAUACAAAGAUUGCCCUAAUUACGGUUUCAGAUAAGGACACUGAUGUGAAUGGCAAAGUCAUCUGUUUCAUUGAGAGAGAGGUCCCAUUUCACUUGAAGGCAGUUUACGACAACCAGUAUUUGUUAGAGACCUCUUCCUUGUUGGACUAUGAGGGCACCAAAGAAUUCAGCUUUAAAAUUGUUGCCUCUGAUUCUGGCAAGCCCAGUCUGAACCAGACUGCCCUAGUAAGAGUUAAACUGGAGGAUGAAAAUGACAACCCUCCAAUUUUCAGCCAGCCUGUAAUUGAGCUGUCAGUUUCUGAAAACAACCGUCGUGGUCUAUACUUAACAACUAUUAGUGCCACAGAUGAAGACAGUGGGAAAAAUGCAGACAUUGUUUAUCAGCUUGGCCCUAAUGCCUCCUUUUUUGAUCUGGAUCGGAAGACAGGUGUUUUAACAGCCUCCAGAGUUUUUGACAGAGAAGAGCAAGAACGUUUCAUUUUUACUGUUACGGCCAGGGACAAUGGCACCCCUCCUCUGCAGAGUCAGGCAGCUGUGAUUGUUACUGUACUGGAUGAAAAUGACAACAGUCCCAAAUUUACUCAUAAUCACUUUCAGUUUUUUGUAUCUGAGAAUUUACCAAAGUAUAGUACUGUGGGGGUGAUCACAGUGACCGAUGCAGAUGCAGGGGAAAAUAAAGCAGUGACCCUUUCCAUCCUGAAUGACAACGAGAACUUUGUGCUGGAUCCUUACUCCGGAGUUAUCAAAUCCAAUGUUUCUUUUGAUCGAGAACAGCAGAGCUCUUACACCUUUGAUGUCAAGGCUGUUGAUGGAGGACAGCCUCCUCGUUCUUCUACAGCAAAAGUAACAAUAAAUGUCAUGGAUGUUAAUGAUAACAGCCCGGUCGUCAUUUACCCACCUUCAAAUACUUCAUUUAAGCUGGUGCCACUCUCAGCAAUCCCAGGCUCAGUAGUAGCAGAAGUGUUUGCUGUGGAUAUAGACACUGGAAUGAAUGCUGAGCUUAAAUAUACAAUUGUGAGUGGAAAUAACAAAGGUUUAUUUCGUAUUGAUCCAGUGACAGGUAACAUUACUCUGGAAGAAAAACCAACUCCUACUGAUGUGGGGCUGCAUCGUCUAGUUGUCAACAUAAGUGAUUUGGGUUAUCCUAAAUCCUUGCAUACUCUUGUGCUUGUAUUUUUGUAUGUAAAUGACACUGCUGGAAAUGCCUCUUACAUUUAUGACCUGAUACGCAGGACUAUGGAAACGCCCUUGGACCGGAACAUAGGGGACAGUAGCCAACCCUAUCAAAAUGAGGACUAUCUUACCAUCAUGAUUGCUAUUGUGGCAGGUGCGAUGGUUGUCAUAGUGGUGAUAUUUGUCACGGUUCUGGUUCGCUGUCGACACGCAUCUAGGUUCAAAGCAGCACAAAGGAGCAAGCAAGGUGCUGAAUGGAUGUCUCCCAAUCAGGAGAACAAGCAGAACAAGAAAAAGAAAAGGAAGAAAAGGAAGUCUCCUAAGAGCUCUCUUUUGAACUUUGUAACCAUUGAGGAGUCCAAACCUGAUGAUGCAGUUCAUGAACCUAUCAACGGGACAAUAAGCCUUCCAGCAGAGCUGGAGGAGCAGAGUAUAGGAAGAUUUGAUUGGGGCACAGCACCACCAACCACCUUUAAGCCUAACAGUCCUGACCUUGCAAAGCAUUACAAAUCUGCCUCCCCACAGUCUGCAUUUCAUCUUAAACCUGACACUCCAGUUUCAGUGAAAAAGCAUCAUGUGAUUCAGGAACUUCCCUUGGACAACACCUUUGUUGGUGGUUGCGACACCCUUUCCAAACGCUCUUCCACUAGUUCAGAUCACUUCAGUGCCUCAGAGUGCAGUUCCCAAGGAGGCUUCAAGACAAAGGGCCCCUUACACACCAGACAGGCACUGAAUUUUGGAGAUAUGCCGAAGUACUUGUGGGAGAUUUGGGUACCUGACAAACCAUGGGUGUCCCAGCGUCGUGUUACAUUUCACCUCCCUGAUGGCUCCCAGGAAAGCUGCAGUGACAGUGGUCUAGGAGACCAUGAGCCUGUGGGUAGUGGAACCCUGAUCUCACACCCUCUCCCUCUGGUUCAGCCGCAGGACGAAUUCUAUGACCAGGCCUCACCGGACAAGAGGACUGAAGCUGAUGGCAACUCGGACCCCAACUCUGAUGGGCCUCUUGGUCCACGAGGAUUAGCUGAAGCCACAGAAAUGUGCACUCAAGAAUGCCUAGUUUUGGGUCACUCUGAUAACUGUUGGAUGCCUCCUGGCCUGGGUCCAUACCAGCAGCCAAAGUCUCCUCUCUCCACGUUUGCACCUCAAAAAGAAUGGGUUAAGAAGGACAAACUAGUGAAUGGACACACAUUGACAAGAACCUGGAAAGAAGAUAGCAACAGAAACCAGUUCAGUGAUCGAAAGCAGUAUGGUUCCAGUGAGGGCCAUUUCAAUGCUGGCAAUCACAUGACUGAUAUUCCUUUGGCUAACUUGAAGUCUUAUAAACAGGCUUCAGGAGCUGUUGAGAGUCCAAAGGAACACCAGCUAUAAAAAAUGGUUACUUUGGACCAAUGACUUUAGCCUACGUAGACUUGCUAAUUCUGUGUGUGUGUCAGAGCUUUAUGUACUGGGUAGACCUCUAGAACUAUGCUUCAUAUAGCAGAUAUGCAUAUCUUUAUGUUAGCACCAUGGAGGGUAUGAUGUCCUGCAACACAAAAGAGCAUUUCUGCUAAUUAUGUGGUUUUGUUAAAUGGACAUGAUUAAACUCUACAGAGAUCUCUCCAGUUUGCAAAUAUCCUUUUUUGUUUGUUUGUUUGUUUUUUGACCCUGGACUGCUGCUAUGAACAAUGGAAGAUGCAUUUGGAGAGUGAAAGAAUGAGAGAAAAAAUUCAGUGGACUGCAAUGAUUGAAAAGCAUAUCCAGUUAGAAAAUUGUGCUCUUGUUGUCAUUGAUCUGUGCUGGGACCGCUAUACUUGACAUCAUACUACAAACAAAACAACUAAAACUAUAAACAUUAAACCUAUUGUGCUAUUAACAACAUUAGUGGACACUUGUAAGUCAAUCAGUGUUCAAGUAUUUGUAAAUAGAAACAAUUAUUACUAACAAAUUUUGUGUACUUAUAACGUUCACCUAAAAAGAUACUGUAGCAUAAUUCUGUGUUUCACAGUUGCUUUUUAAUUUCUUUCAUUUGCUUCCUGUUGUUUUGUUUUUCCUUUCAGUGAUGGUGUUUCUGUGUUAGUAGUCUGUCUGACACACAAUGUUCCAAGGAACUUAAAACACUUGUGUUAAAAAGUUUUAAAAAAGGAAAAAAAAAUUAAAAAAAAGACUCUUGCUUCUGUGUAGACGCUGGAAAACAAAAUUGUUUUCAAAUAAUACGCAACAAAAAGAUUUAUGCAAGGGCGUUAAACUUUUGCAACUUUAUUUUUAUUUCCAUUCUGUUUUGCAAAGCAAGGGAACUGCAAAAAAAUUAAAAAAAAAAAAAAGAAGUUAGCUAUGGGUGUUGGCGACAAGUGGAAGGGAGGGCAUUAAUUUAGAAACUCGGAGUUAGCUGAAGUCUCACAAUUAAUGUAAAGUAACUAACCUUGAUCUCAGUUGCAAUAGAUGGAGGAAAAUUUGCAGAAACAAAUAUAAUAAUCAUUUUAUUUCCAAUUGGGCAAAUGUGUGUCUAUACUUAAGACAGUUUGUAUUGCUGAAAUAGCAUUUGUGUUAAUCAUCCACAUUAAUGUUGUAGUAACACAAGUGUUUUUAGACCAUAGCCACAGAAUAUUUAAUGUGUUGUGCCUUCAUGAUGUAACAGAGCAUUCUCCUGGUAGGCUAGUUGGGGGAACUAAAGGGUUAAAUCUCUAAUUAUUGCUGUUUAACUGUUUGUUAUCAUAGUUGGUCAAUGCCUGGCAGGUACCAGCGUCAUGUCACUUUAGUCAAACCAGCAGAGUGACUUCUAAUGUUAAUAAGAUCUAAGUUGCACGUAAAACAGUUCCAAAUCCAAACAUUCUUAGGCGGUUUUUGUUAAGGCAUGACAGAUGAUUUAAACAAAUAAAUAGCAUGCAAAAAAGUCCUUACAGAAAAAAAAGGUAAAGUUAUCUUAUGCCACUGUUAAACAUCAGUCUUACAAUAACAAAGUUAGGUAAUCUGAAGGUUAAUUUGUUUUUACCAAAAACAGGCAUUUUGUUUUGCUUUGCUUUGCUUUGUUUUGUUGUAUAUAGCAGUUCACAUUUUUUUCCUCCACAGUAUAAAGGUAUAAAAUGGGUUAGGGGUGCAUUGCUUAUUACAGUACUUAUGUCAGUUUGUGAGGGGUGUUUGAUGACUUUGACAGAAUAAAUAUCUAAACAGUUAUCCUUGUUACUGCUUUGCCAGUUCAACGUUAUUUACAGUUAUUCAGCUCUUGCAAUAAAUGUUCUGAAUUCC